AUAUGAGAUUAUCUGAUUGUCUGCUUCUCUGCUUCAUAAGAAAGACACACCAUACUUCAAGAAUAUUCCAAUCUGAAUAUUCAACAUAUAAGAUUAUCUGAUUGCCUGAUUCUCUACUUCAUAAGCAAAACUGUCCAUACUUAGAGAAUAUUCAAAUCCAAAUAUUUGACAUAAAAGAGUAUCUGAUUGUCUGCCUCUCUGCUUCAUAAGAAAGACAGACCAUACUUCAAGUAUAUUCAAAUCUGAAUAUUCAACAUAUAAGAUUAUCUGACGGUCAGAUUUUCUGCUCCGCAAGAGACACAUACCAUACAUAAUAAAUAUUCUUAUAUCAGUAUGAAAAACAUUGGAAUACUGGAAAAAAUCUAAACAUGUAACCUAUUUAGAUUUGACAUCAGCUGAUAUAAACCACAUAAAGCGAUUUGGUGGUAUAUAUACACGACAAACAUUUUUAUAUCGUACACUUAAUAAAUCACUCAAAGACUCGGACUACAACGUUCUCUUUGCACUUCGAUUCGUUAUUGCCGAUCUACAUAAACAAUUAGCAGGGGAACACAAAAAAUUUCGACGUUCACAUAACAGUGACGAUCCUAUUUUUCGUGUUUAUCGGGGACAAGCGAUUCCCAUCGAUGAGCUGAAUUUGAUUCGUAAUAGCAUUGGUGAAUUCUUGUCAAUCCAAAGCUUUUUGAGCACAAGUACCGAUCCAGAAGUUGCCAUUUCUUUUGCCAAACAAGUUAUGCCCACAUCUGAACUAACACGUAUUUUGAAAAAAGAAACCAACGGCGGGGUAUUUUCACUUGGCUACUUACUCUACCGACAGGGAAAUUAUGAGCAAACAAAGAAGUAUUUCGAACAACUAUUAGGUGAAUCAUCGAUCAGUGAUUUCGAUAAAGCACAUUGUUAUCAUGGACUCGGCGGUGUUGCCGUCGCACUCAAACAAUAUGAUGAAGCACUCGUCUAUUAUCAAAAAGAACUUGAAUUAUGGAUGAAAAUGUAUCGUAGUGGUCAACAUAUAACUAUUGCUCAAACUUACAUGGGUUUCGGUCAAGUUUACUGCUUCAAUCAAGAACUUGACUCAGCAUUAGAGUGUGAACAAAAAGCACUUUCUCUUCUACCUGAUAAUCAUAUUGAUCGUGGCAAAGCUUAUGGUAUAAUGGGUCGUGUUUAUCGAGCUAAAAGAAUGCAUGACUUAUCUCAGGACUAUUAUAAAAAGCAACU